AUGAGCUGGAAUCAGAUGUCCUACAACAGAUUACACAGUAAACACGCGUGGAUAUGCAGAGUGCGAACUUUAAUUAGGUAGCCUAUUUGCACAAUAUAUAAACCUUUGGAUUAUGCAAUAAAAUAUCCCGCAGAGAACAAUUAUAUAUCACCCGAUUGAAUGCCUGAGCGAAUUCAGAGUGGGACCAGAGAAAGAGGGGAGUUUCUCAUACACUUUUAGCCGGAGGACUGCGGCUGGAAAGAGUCUCUCUGUUCUAUAGAAUGCUGGAGAGAUUCUGUGUAGCGCCCCCUUGUGUGGAGGAGGAAUGACGACGCCCCUUCGAUGAGAGCCAUGGAGCUGAAAGUGUGGGUGGAUGGAGUGCAGCGGAUCGUAUGUGGCGUCACAGAGCACACCACAUGCCAGGAGGUGGUCAUUGCCCUGGCCCAGGCCAUUGGGCGUACUGGCAGGUACACGUUGAUCGAGAGAUGGCGGGAGACGGAACGUCACUUGGCCCCGCAUGAAAACCCUGUGGUGUCCCUCAACAUGUGGGGCCAGUAUGCCAGCGACGUGCAGCUGGUUCUCCAGCGCACCGGCCCCUCCCUCAGCGAAUGUCCCAACUCCGACGGUGCAUCCCGUGUGCCCGAGCGUGGCCUGUACCGCCAGAGCCUGCCUCCUCUGGCCAAGCUGCGCCCAUCGGCCAAUGACCGCUCGCUCAAGCGUCGGGAGCCCAAGCGUAAGUCCCUCACCUUCACGGCCAAGGGCUUGAGGGAUAUUUUUGGGAAGGGCAGAGAUGCCGAGGCCAAGCAGCAGCAGAGAGCACUGAACCAGGGCAGGGGGGUGGUGUCUGUGCCCCUCAGUCCAGCCCGGGGGCUGGUGCGCCUGGUCCAGCUGCAGAAGGACAAGCUCCAGCUACUGGAGAGACGGCUGCAGGGCUCCGAGGCAGAGCUACACCGCUGUGAGACCGGUGAUGUUGGCAUGUGCAUCGAGGGUCAGGAGGGCAUUGGCGUGCUGGAGGAGGAGCUGGUGCGUCUGGAGCAGCAGCUGCGGAGGAAUGAGGUGGAGAUGUCCGAGGAGGAGUUCUGGCAGAACGAGCUGCAGAUCGAGCAGGAGAGCGAGCGGCAGCUGAGGGAGCAGCUCCAGGAGCUGAUUGUACGGGUGCGGGAGUGUGAAGCCCGGCUGGGGGAGUACCUGACCCGUAUCCAGGGCAUGGAGGCUGGCCUGGAGCAGGAGACUGAGCAGAGCAGGCAGGUGGACGAGGAGGAGGCCUGGGCCCAGCUGGGGAAGGUCAGGGCGGAGCUGGAGCAGCAGGUCCAACACAGAGUGCAGCUGGAGAGCAGCUGCAGGGCUGUGGACCGCUCACUGGGACAGUCCAGCAAGAAACUACAGGAGAAGGAGCAGGAGUUGGAGCAGUUGACCAGGGAGCUGAGACAGGUGAACCUUCAGCAGUUCAUCCAUCAGACUGGCACCAAGGUCAGCGUUCUACCAGCCCAGCCCAAUGACCAGAAUAACACAGACCUCCAACCAGGCUCGCUGAAACGUCUGGGCUCCUCCCGCCUCCUCCCCGGCGACCUCCGAGCUCUGCAGAGUCCAGUGUCCUCAGGCUUCAACCCUGAGGGCAUCUACGUCUGACCCCUGACCUUUACCUUCUGAUGCCUACCAUCAGUGACCCUCUGCUGGAGUUGAGUCGGCUUCUCCCCUGGAGGAGCCAUCUCUUAUCUCCAUUGGAGCUCCACCAGAGGAGGCUGGUGGGAGGAGCUAUAGGAGGAAGGGCUCAAUGUAAUGGCUGGAAUGCAAUAAAUGUAAUGGUACCAAACACAUGGAAACAACCAUUACAAUGAGCACUUGCGCUGGCAGCUCAUCCCCUAGCCUCCUCUGAUCUCCACCCUGUCCUCCCACAAUGCCAUCGUUCCCCUUCUCUCUGCUGCGUUUCCUCCAUCUUCCAUAAGAACACACAGAGACCCCCAACAGUUUUGUCAAGACUAUAGGAUUUAGAAUGUUUGCCUCGUUUUGGCUGUUCUGCCACUGGUAGAUAGCUGGAGAGCUCGACCAUGUUCUUGCUAUGCUUUUCAAACAGUCAUGCAUCUUUUGAGGUACAGAAGGCCCAAUUUCAAACAGAACGUUUUAGCCUCACCUCUGUGCACUUCUCUAUUUCCUCUCAAAGACCUACAAGGACUGAGUAGAUGCGAGAAAUAUGGUAUUAACACCACUUAGCACUCUGUUACCUUCAUAUAGCAAGCUAAUGGACUAGUAAAGUGCACAAUCACAGCCAUGUGAUGACUUAACUAAAGAGUCCACUGCUGCCCCUGGCCAACCAUGAGGAAAUCCAGCUGUUUGUAGGGGUUGAGACUAAAGAAAGUCCCUUGGAGAUCAUGCGAUAUAGAGGAAAUUAAAAUAUCUUCAGACAACCAUGAUUUACAAAGACAGAGGUCUCAAAAGUCUAAUGGCCAUUUGUUACAGAAACAGAAUGGGUCAGAAAACCAUAUUUUACACAGGGAGGCCACCUUGUCUGAGACCUGUGGUGUGUAGCAGAGCCAUAUCUGACUGCCUUAAAGACUUUAAGAACAGUAAAGGCUGUUAUAACAGAUACUUAUAGUCAAGGCAGCUAUGCUCCAGAGAUCUGAUGCACCUUUUAUGGUCAACACAGCAGUCUAGUGACUAAUUUUUGAUCAGUUAUGUGAUUUUUUUUUAUUUUUGUGACUGAUGUCAAUAGCUGUAUAAUCUGGUCUGCCACUGGGUGGCAGAAUACAUCUCAUAAAAGAUUUCACUAGGAUCUUAAUGUUGGUAAUUUCAUAUUGAUUAUACUUGCAAAAAUAUUACAUUAUGCAAUUUAUGUGGUUAUUCACUUUCAUCAUUGGUAUCUUUUAGUAUGCUGUAAGUUUACCGUUGCACUUUUACUUUGGAAGGGCUUGUAGAAUUUGUACUUACCACUUAGUUUUUAGAGAUAAUGUCUUGUUUGUGUUGUGGUUUUCUUUUAUCAUUUGUAACCUCUUGAAUAAUUGUUGGUUUGUCUAUUGUCUUACAUGGCUAAUAAUUUUUCUGAAGUUAAAUAGAUGUCUCACAUGAACCAAAGCAAGUUAGACAAUGUGAUUGGUGGCGGUCAACCUGAAUGUACUUAAUUUGUUAAAACAUAACGAGCUCUGUAAAUACCUUUACAGGGACCACUGUAUCUGCCUCCACUUUAAAAGUGAUGCAUUUGUAAUGGAGAGAAUUAUUGGACUGUGAAUGUAUCUGUCAAUAGAUCGAACUCCACUCUGUGGUUCUUCAGCUUCGUGGAGAGAGGACUGUGUGAGAUAAAAGGUUGUUAUUUGGUUGUGGACUAGUUGAUACCAGGGAAACCCACCAACAGCAAAGCCGGUGGAGAGGACUGUGUGAGAUAAAAGGUUGUUAUUUGGUUGUGGACUAGUUGAUACCAGGGAAACCCACCAACAGCAAAGCCGGUGGAGAGGACUGUGUGAGAUAAAAGGUUGUUAUUUGGUUGUGGACUAGUUGAUACCAGGGAAACCCACCAACAGCAAAGCCGGUGGAGAGGACUGUGUGAGAUAAAAGGUUGUUAUUUGGUUGUGGACUAGUUGAUACCAGGGAAACCCACCAACAGCAAAGCCGGUGGAGAGGACUGUGUGAGAUAAAAGGUUGUUAUUUGGUUGUGGACUAGUUGAUACCAGGGAAACCCACCAACAGCAAAGCCGGUGGAGAGGACUGUGUGAGAUAAAAGGUUGUUAUUUGGUUGUGGACUAGUUGAUACCAGGGAAACCCACCAACAGCAAAGCCGGUGGAGAGGACUGUGUGAGAUAAAAGGUUGUUAUUUGGUUGUGGACUAGUUGAUACCAGGGAAACCCACCAACAGCAAAGCCGGUGGAGAGGACUGUGUGAGAUAAAAGGUUGUUAUUUGGUUGUGGACUAGUUGAUACCAGGGAAACCCACCAACAGCAAAGCCGGUGGACGCACGUCAAGGUCAUUAGACGGACCUAAAGCUCGUUCCAUUCAGUAUUAUUGAUGUCCUAGUUUGGAUCAUGAAGGGUUGAGCUGUGUCGCCAAAAUGUAACCCACUAACACAAGAACAAUGGCGCUUAACAACGUACACAGCAUAGACUAUUAGCAUGCCUUACUGAAUUGUAAAUAAUCACUACAUAGUAUUGGAAUAUUUUUACAAUAUUUAAAAUAAUGCAUAAUGCUGACAAAGACAAUAGUUGUACAUAAUAUGAAUUAACUUUGGUUUUAUCCUGCUA